UUUAACGAGUUUUUUUUGUUUGGUCUCGACUCGGACGUGCGUAACCGCCGCGCCACUCCUCUCCCCCUCGCCCCUCCGGAGAUGGCGCGCCACCUCUCCUCCACUCCGCCUCGCCCCAUCCACCGUCUCCUCUCUCCCAUCCAUUACUCCACUCCGCGUCCUCUCGGCGCCUCCCCACCUUCCCCGACCGAUCGGAUCCUCCCCACCGUCCCCUCCCCUCCCCCGCACGGCGCGCGACCUAUCCCUCGCCGCCGUGACCUCGCGAUUUCCCCAAGGAGAAGACGAGCGCCGAAGAGUUCGAUUGAUGCGAUGACGGAGCGGUGAGCGCAGCGGCGAUGAUGGUUGGCCUCGUGCAGCUGCUCGUGGGGUUCGUCGUCGCUUGGGAGGCCGUCGAGCUCGUCCUCCGCCACGGCCUCCUCCUCUCCGUCCUCAAGCUCAGCGUCGCCGUCGCCGUCGCCGCCGCCACCGGAUGCGUCUCCGUCAUCUUCCUUGCCAGGGCGGUGGCCUGGGUGCUCCACCGCACGGUCAAGCUUUCCAUUGGGUGCCGCUCCUACGGCGUCAAUUAUCUGCAAGACAUCACCAUUUCGUGCCCAAAGGGUGCUGUCGAGUCCAUCUGUAUCGGUGAGAUCAGACUUGGCCUGCGGAGACCACUCACCCAGCUGGGAUUUACCAUACUAACACAUGGCCCAAUCCUGCAACUGCAAAUCUCUGAUUUAGACAUUGUGCUCAGGCAAACUGUCAAAUCUGCAAACAAAAAGAAACCUACUCCUCGCAAAUCAACCUCAACCUCAUUGGCCAAAGCAAAAGGGAAAUCCAAACGACAAGCGAAAUGGAGGCUGAUAACAAGCGUGGCCAGCCUAUUAUCAUUAUCCGUAGUGGAGCUGAGGCUUAAGGCUCCAAAAGCUGCUCUUGGCAUCAAGGACCUUAAGAUUGAUUUAUCUAAAACUGGAGGAUUGGAUCCGGUUCUUAAUAUUCAAAUAAACGUCAUACCUUUAUUUGUGCAAGCAUUAGAGGCAGACGGAGUCGACAACAACACAUCGGUAUUUAAUAAAUUGGAUUGGUGGGUCAGUGGACAAUACUGUUCAGCAAUGGACACUUCUGACUGUAGCUCCUUCUUAUUUGAGGAUAUAGCUCUCUCAUGUGACCUUCAUAACAGGGACAAAGGAAUUAGUGUCAAGAAUUUGGAUUUCAUGUCUGGCCCGAUUGUUGUGAACCUGGAAGAAAAAUUAUUGACCAAGAAAAAGGUGUCUGCCUCUUCUGUUGCUGACCAAAAGGAUGAACCUGCUGUUGAUAACAAACCAGCUACUCGGUCUGAAGGGGGCAAGCUUUCAUCAUUGAAUAAGAAGAUUGAUUUGUUUCCUGAAAAGGUUAGCUUCAAUAUGUCCAAGCUGGAUCUGAAGUUUUUGCCAAAAGAUCAUGGCCUCUCGAUCAACAAUGAAAUUGGUAGCAUAUCUUUGAGAUUUACAAAGUUACAAUCAUGUAAUGACUCCGGGGAGUCUGCAACACAUCUUCGGUUGGAAACUGAUGUAACAGAUAUUCAUCUUCUAAUGGAUGGUGCUACCUCUGUAUUAGAAGUUGUAACAAUCGCUACAGUCAUUUCAGCUUACAUUCCCUCUCAGUCAACACAAGAAAUUCGAGCUGAAGUAGAUGGCAAGAUUAGUGGGGCCCAAUGUAACCUCAUUAUUGGCAGAAUUAUGCCACUCAUUCGAAUGAACUCAGAUAAAAAUAAGCCCCUUGUUCUUCGUGAGAGUUCUCAGCAAGAGAAGGCUCCCAAGGAAAAAUUAGCACUGUCUUGGGCAUGUGCGCUCUCAGCACCUGAGUUGACUAUUGUGCUUCACAGUCUUGAUGACAUACCACUGUACCAUUGUUGUUUGCAAUCUACUCAUGUUUCUGCAAGUAAGCUGCUAAACCAAGCAACUCGAUUACAUGCGAAGCUUGGUGAGGUAAAAUUGCUUGUUGCUGGCAAAAACCAACAAUCGAUGAAUGAAAGCAUUUCAGGCACCUUAUUUCACAUUAGCCGCUCAACUCUUGAUUUGGAACAAAAGGGCCCAGGCAAAGAUAAUGGUGAAGACCAUGCUAAAUCUGCUAUCUCUGUUAAUAUAUCUGGAAUCAGAGUGCACCUCUGUUUUUACUAUCUUGAGUCUCUUUGUACAACUGCUAUGUCCUACAAGGUAUUUUUGAAAAGUAUUCGCCCUCCUAAGAAACGACCUGUACAGGAGACUUCUAGUAAAAAGUCUACCAAGAACACUAAAGGAGCACAGCUACUCAAGAUAAAUGUGGAACAGUUCUCUAUUAAAUAUGCUGGUGACAUGAGGCUGGAAGAUAUGAGUGUAGCUGAUCCAAAGCGUGUAAAUUUUGGGUCACAGGGUGGUCGUGUUGUGAUAAUAAAUGAUGCUAAUGGUGCCCCAAGGAUGGCCUAUGUAAAUUCUACCAGCCUUCCAGAUCAUAAGAACGUUAACUUCUCCACUUCCCUUGAGAUCUAUCGAUUUUGUGUAUCUUUGAAAAAGGAAAAGCACUCCCUGCAGGUUGAUCUUGAGAGCUUAAGAUUAACACAUAAAGAAGAUCAGCUUGAUAAUAAACCUGCAGAGGAGAUUAAGCUGUUUGAGGUGCAUAAGGCAAAAUUUGUCCAGCGUUCUGGUGGGCUAAAUGACACUGCAGCCUGCUCUCUGGUCAACGUGACUGACAUCACAGUCAGGUGGGAGCCUGAUCCUUAUCUGGAAUUGCUUGAAGUAGCCACACAACUUAAAUCCGUUCUGCAUAGGAUGAAACUCCGUAGUUCUGUCACUGAGGUAAAAGAUGAAACAGUGAACAUGGAUGUCCUGGCAAACAAGGAAUCACCCACAGACUAUGGCCAGCAAGAAAAGGUACAGAGGAAACGAGAAUCUGUUAUUGCCAUAGAUUUGGAAUUGCUGAAAAUUUCAGGUGAGCUUGCUGAUGGGGUUGAAGCGAUGGUUCAUGUUGGUUCCAUAUUUUCCGAGAAUGCAAAAAUUGGUGUUUUGGUUGAGGGUGUAACAGUCAGCUUUUGUGGUGCACGGCUUUUCAAAAGCAGUCGUAUGCAGAUAUCUCGCAUCCCAAUUUCUAUUUCAGACAGCCUUGCUGAUAAGAAGUUACAAUCUACAGCUACAUGUGAUUGGGUUAUUCAAUUCCGUGAUGCUUAUAUUUGCCUGCCUUUUAGGUUGCAGCUGAGAGCUAUUGAUGAUGCAGUUGAAGACACAUUGCGGGCAUUUAAACUUAUUUCUGCAGCAAAAACAUCUGUGUUAUUCCCUGAGAAGAAAUCUAGCAGCAGUAGUAGCGGCAGCAAAAAGAGCAAAUCAAAAUCAAUGGCGUUUCGGUAUGUGAGGAUCAUCAUACGUGACCUCAUAGCUGAAAUUGAGGAAGAACCCAUACAAGGAUGGCUUGAUGAGCAUAUCAGUUUGAUGAAGAAUGUAUUUUGUGAGUCCACAAUUAGGUUGAAUAUGCUUGAUGAGCUUGCUUCAGCCAAAAAUAAAGACUCCCCCAAGGCAAAAUUGGGUAGUUCUGUUUCUGAAAAGAACAAUGAUAGCCCGGAUGUUGAUGUAGAUGUGCCUGGUGGGAAAUCAUUUGAAAAACUCAGAGAGGAGAUACAUAGACAGGCAUUUCAGUCAUAUUACCAGGCAUGUCAGAAAUUGUCAGUAUCAGAAGGGUCAGGUUCAUGUUCAAGUGGUUUCCAAUCAGGAUUUAAGAUGAGUACAAGCAGAGCAUCAGUUAUGUCAAUCUCUGCAAAAGAUGUGGAUGUGAGCCUAUCAAAGAUUGAUGGAGGUGAUGAAGGAAUGAUUAGCUUUCUUAAAAAUGUGGAUCCGGUCUGCGCCAAAAAUGAUAUCCCUUUUUCUCGAUUGUAUGGUAGCAAUUUUAAUUUGAAAACUAGAUCCUUGUCUGUAUAUUUGAGAGAUUACACAUUUCCACUCUUUUCUGGAACCUCUGGUAAAUGUGACGGACGCCUUGUGCUGGCUCAGCAGGCAACCUGUUUCCAGCCCCAAGUUCGACAAGAUGUGUAUGUUGGGAAAUGGUGGAGAGUAAAUCUGCUACGUUCUGCAACUGGUUAUACCCCACCAAUGAAAACAUAUGCCGACCUACCUCUGUAUUUUCAAAAAGGGGAAGUCUCCUUUGGAGUUGGCUAUGAGCCGGUUUUUGCUGAUGUAAGCUAUGCUUUUACUUGUGCGCUCCGGAGGGCAAAUUUAGCUAAGAGGUGGUUCUUUGAGCGUCCUGAACCCCCUAGAAGAGAGCGUAGCUUACCCUGGUGGGAUGAUAUGCGAAACUAUAUUCACGGCAAAUUUAGCUUGUGUUUUACUGAAACAAAGUGGCAUCUCCCUGCUGCAACAAGCCCUUAUGAGAAGCUAGAUCAAAUGCUGAUCACAUCUGACAUUAUGGAACUACGUUAUGUGGAUGGUUAUGUCAGUUUGUCUUCGAAGCAGCUGAAGGUGUACCUAAGCAGCCUAGAGAGCCUUGCAAAGAAAUGUAGUCUAGAAACCCCACAUCAUCCAGCUAUACCUUUCCUUCAAACCCCAUCCUUUUUCAUGGAUAUUUCAAUACAGUGGGGAUGUGAUUCAGGUAAUGCUAUGGAUCAUUAUUUGUUUGCUCUUCCUGCAGAGGGAAAACCGCGGGAGAAAGUUCUUGAUCCAUUCCGCUCAACUUCUCUAUCACUGAAAUGGAGCUUUUCACUUAAACCUUCUAUUGCUGAAACCUUGGAACACCAACGGAAGAUUGAAGCAGAUUCAAAUGAUUCUCCAACUGUGAAUGUGGGAGCUCAUGAUUUGGUCUGGCUAAUGAAGUGGUGGAACAUGGUUUUUCUUCCUCCCCAUAAAUUAAGACUGUUUUCCAGGUUUCCGCGUUUUGGAGUUCCCAGAUUUGUACGGUCUGGAAACUUACCACUUGAUAGAGUUAUGACCGAGCAGUUUAUCCGUUUUGAUGCCAUGCUAUUGCGAAUCAACAACAUGCCUCUACAAACUGAUGAUCCUGCUAAGGGUUUGACACUGCACUUCACAAAGUUCAGGUUGGAAAUUGCUUUCAGCCGUGGGAAGCAGGUAUUUACUUUUGAUUGCAAGCGUGAACCUCUUGAUAUUGUGUACCAGGGCAUAGACCUGCACUUGUUGAAGGUAUUUAUUAACAGGGUUCCUGAACCAUCAACCUCUAAGGAUUCUCAGGUAGAAAAUAAGAGUCUGCAAACGAAAGUUGCAGAUAUUCCUGGUUGUGAAAAGGGCAAAAAGAAAACUAAUUCGACUGAGAAAAGCCGAGAUGAUGGAUUUUUUCUGUAUUCUGAUUAUUUCACAAUACGAAAACAAACUCCUAAGGCCGAUGCUGCUAGAUUAUCAGCAUGGCAGGAGGAUGGCAGGAAAAAAUGUGAAAUGCCAUUGGUUAAUUCUGAGUUUAAUGGUGGGGAUGAAAGUGAUCAUGAAAAAUCAGGUAGUGAUGAGGAGGGAUUCAAUGUUGUGGUUGCUGACAGUUGCCAGAGAGUAUUUGUUUAUGGAUUAAAAAUCCUCUGGAAUCUAGAAAAUAGAGCUGCUGUCUUCUCUUGGGUUGGAGAUUUAACUCAAGCAUUUCAGCCUGCAAAACCAUCUCCUUCUCGCCAAUAUACCCAAAGAAAGAUUUUGGAGAAAAAACAGUUAAUUAAAGCUGAGAUGUCCAAGCAUGGUGCUCUCAACUCUUCUCCAUCAGAAUCACAGACUUCAGAACCUCCUCAACAGAUCAAGAGUUCAGCAUCACCAACUUCUGAUGGAUCUGGCAAGCCAGAUUUGACAUCAAGUAGUGAAACUGCAAUGAAGCCUUUGAAUAAUAGUGAUCCUGAGGAAGAAGGUACAAGAAAGUUCAUGGUUAAUGUUGUCCAACCUCAGUUCAAUUUACAUUCAGAAGAAGCAAAUGGUAGGUUUCUGCUUGCUGCUGGUAGUGGGAGGGUCUUGGUUCGUUCAUUUCAUUCAAUUGUGCAAGUUGGUCAAGAAAUGUUUGAGAAAGCACUUGGUUCCAGCAAUGUUGCCACUGGUGGGACUGGGCCGGAAAUGACCUGGUCACGUGUGGAGCUCUCUGUAAUGUUGGAGCAUGUUCAGGCUCAUGUUGCUCCCACUGAUGUUGAUCCAGGUGCUGGUAUCCAAUGGCUGCCAAAAAUACACCGCAAAUCAUCUGAAGUUAAACGAACUGGUGCUUUACUUGAAAGAGUAUUUAUGCCGUGCCAAAUGUAUUUCCGCUACACAAGGCACAAGGGAGGAACACCUGAACUAAAGGUCAAACCGCUGAAAGAGCUGACAUUUAACUCACCAGAUAUAACUGCUGGUAUGACAUCACGUCAAUUUCAGGUUAUGAUGGAUGUUUUGACUAAUCUUCUCUUUGCAAGAACUCCCAGAACUCAGAAGAGUAAUCUAUGCUAUCCUCCGGACAAUGAUGAUGACAACAUUGAAGAAGCCUCUGAUGCAGUUGUGCCAGAUGGAGUUGAGGAGGUAGAAUUAGCAAAGAUUGGUGUUGAAAUAAAUGAAAGAGCACAGAAGGUGCUACUUGAUGAUAUUAGAGCCUUGUCUACCGGUAGUGAAGAAUCUCGUGAUCAGAGUCAGUCACCAAAGGCUGAUGAUGCUACAUGGACUGUUACUGGUUCAAGGUUAAUGCUGGUCAAACGACUGAAGAAAGAACUAUUGAAUGUCCGGAAUGGUAGGAAAGAAGCAUAUUCUAUGCUAAGAAUUGCUAUGCAGAAAGCUGCACAAUUGAGGCUGAUGGAAAAGGAAAAGAACAAAAGCCCUUCAUGUGCCAUGAGAGUUUCAAUGAGGAUAAACAGGGUUGUCUGGAGCAUGUUAGCAGAUGGAAAAUCCUUUGCUGAAGCUGCGAUAAAUGAUAUGAUUUAUGAUUUCGACCGGGACUACAAAGAUAUUGGCAUCGCCCAGUUGACAACCAAGCUGUUUGUCCUCAAAAACGGGCUUUCUAAUGCAAAAUCAGAUACUGUUCUGUCACCCUGGAAUCCACCUUCUGAAUGGGGCAAGAACACAAUGCUUCGUGUUAAUGCCAGGCAAGGAGCUCCAACUGGUGGGAACUCAACUAUCGAAAGUUUCCUAGUAGACAUAUAUCCACUGAAAAUUUAUUUGACUGAAGCAUUGUACAGAAUGAUGUGGGGGUAUUUCUUCCCUGGAGAUGAACAGCAGCCACAAAAGCGGCAGGAACUUUUCAAGGUCUCCACUACAGCAGGAACAAGACGGGGAAAGAAAAGCACGUCUGUCGCGGAGACAAACAGUCCCAAUAGGCAGUCAUCAAAAGAAUCCACACUUGUGCAAAAGCCUGAACUUCGAAGGACAUCUUCAUUUGACAGGUCAUGGGAGGAAACUGUUGCCGAGUCUGUAGCUAAUGAACUUGUUUCACAAAUCCAGGAUCAGUCAAAUGCCCAACCUGAAUCUCAAGAUGCUGCUAAGGAUUCCAAGUUAGUACGACCUGUUCGCACUACUCGUGAGGAGAAGAAAAUUAUAGAGCCUAAUGAGGUGAAACAAACUAGACCUCAGAAAUUGAUGGACUUCCACAACAUAAAGAUAAGCCAGGUUGAAUUGCUUCUCACGUAUGAAGGAUUGCCAUUUGCUGUUAGUGAUGUAAGGCUACUUAUGGAUACCUUUCACCGUGAAGAUUUUACUGGAACAUGGGCAAGACUAUUUUCACGAGUAAAGAAACAUAUUAUAUGGGGAGUAUUGAAGUCCGUAACCGGCAUGCAGGGAAAAAAAUUUAAAGCUAAAUCCACUAGCCAAAAAGAGCCAUCUACAGCUUUAAUCGCUGCCAGCGAUUUUAAUUUAAGUGACACAGAUGGUGAUGAGGCUAGCAAUUCUGAUCAACUACCAGCAUUCCUUAGAAAACCUAGUGAUGGAGCUGGUGAUGGAUUUGCAACCUCUGUUAAGGGCUUAUUCAGUUCACAACGAAAGAAAGCGAUGGCAUUUGUCCUGAAGACUAUGAAAGGAGAGGCUGACCAUGAUUUCCAGGGAGAACGAAGUGAGAAUGAAAUUGAGUUCACUCCAUUUGCUCGGCAGUUGACUAUAACAAAAACGAAGAAGCUUAUACGGCGGCACACAAAGAAGUUCAAGUCUAAAGCUCCUAAAAAUGCAGCUACUGAGCAAGAGCACGUGUCGGAGCUGCCACCACGUGCACGUGCUCCUUCUGGGUACAACUCGGACUCCUCCAGCGACUCGUCAACGACAGAAAUGAGCCCAAAAGAUUAGCCGGUGCUGAUGGAUCAAAGUUGAUUCAGAUGGAUGCUUCGAACUCGUGGGUUAAAACUCCUGCACCUGAUUGAGCCCUGAGGUGACAUGCAGUGCUAAAAGAUUCGUCAUAAAAUGCUUGGUUCUAGGUUCCGGUCUGGUUGAUCCGUUGGUCUUCGUGAUGUAUUCAUAGUUUUGUGAUGCAUCCGAGUAGAUUUGGAUAGUGUUUCAGCAUUUCCAUUUUCCCGUCGGGUGGGGUUUUGAAAUAAGCAGUAGUGUCUGAGCUGCGGUUCAGUGCCCCCUACAGUACAGCGAACGGUAUUCUCAUCUCAUGAGUUCGAGGGAAUUGUGAAUUUUUGGUUGCUUUCUUGUUUGUUUCAUCGUCUGCCUAAGGCAGAAAGGAACUUUUACAGGUCAAACACUAGAUCGAGAGUGAGAGUGGUAUAAUGUUAAUUCGCCUUUACACA